AUGACAUAUCACCCGCAAACAAGUGGACAAGAUGAGGUGCCCAACAGAGAAAUAAAGCAGAUAUUAGAGAAGAGAGUGAGUUUGAAUAGGAAGGAUUGUGCUGCAAAGUUAGAUGAUGCCUUGUUGGCAUAUAUAACUGUAUACAAAAUACCAAGUGGGGCAUCCCCGUAUAAGCUUGUUUAUGGGAAUGCAUGUCACUUGCCGGUUAUACUUGAACAGAAGGCGUAUUGGGCAAUUAAAAAGUUGAAUAUGGACUUUGAAGCCGCGGGAGAGAAGAGGCUAUUCCAGUUGAAUGAGUUAGAUGAGUUCAGGCUACACUCAUAUGAAAAUGCUAAGCUUUGCAAGGAGAAAACAAAAAGGUGGCAUGACAAACGAAUCAAGCCACAUCACUUUGAACCGGGCCAAAAGGUACUAUUGUUAAAUUCUAGGCUUAAUUUGUUUCCUGGGAAGUUAAAACCGAGGUGGUCAGGUCCAUUUGAGGUGGUGAGAGUAACUCCUUAUGGUGAAUUGAGUUGCGCGCUUUAA